GCUUCUUGCGUCCGCCUGGGCUUCCUCGCCGCACGCAUCUUCCACAGCCCACGCUGUCACCCGUUCAGAGGAUCUGUGCUGAGCCUGUUCCGUUUCUACCUUUGUCUUCUUUCAUUUACGCCCGGGCCUUCGCUGCCAGUAAUCUGCCGACCGCCCUGGCGCAUGCGGGUAGGUUUGCAUGCACGUUCGUCGGGAGCGCUACGCACCGCACGAAACACUGCGGUGAUGACGAAUAGAGGAUGUGAGCACUGCCCGUGGAAGUGGAAGUGGAAGUGGAGCAUACUGCACACAACGGCUCGUGGUUGUAUGCGGUCGUACCGUCCGUCUCGACGUCACUUUGUCUGGCCGCCCGUACAGUAUAGGCACAUCGAGCCCACGGUGCAUGGUGCAUGGGAGCCCUUGUGCGCGAUCGCGCUUCACUUCAAGUGCAGUCCUCGAGCGCAUGAAGCAGGCAUCCUGCUCUCCGAAAUCGAUGCCCGAUGCUCGCCACUGGCCCCCGGGGCACACAUAGCGGCGCCGAUGUGCCUCGUCGAUUACGUGCGUCGACGCUUUCAUCACCUGCGUCACCGCGACAGGAUUAUGUCCCCUAUCAUUUACACUAUGGCUGCUCUUAAGCUUCGCUUUGACCAUCUGACCGACCGCUUUCAGUUCAGCGUCGCGCUUUGUUGCGCCGUCGCUAUGGUCACAGGCACGCAGCCGCGGGGCCACACAACGCUUUGUGUGGCACGAGGGCGACGAGCUCAACAAUGCCCCUGUUCCCUCCGGUAUAUAAGGGCCCUGCGUGAGGGUAGACGAACCCAUCAUCCUCUCCGGCCCCAUUCGAACACUCACUCCCAAUGACACGCAUGAAACAUCCCAUAGGCCGUCUAGGUCUCAGCCCAAGCCACUCUCAAGCUUCGCGCUUCCUGAUUCAAUCGUCACUCCACGCUGGGUCGCCGCCCGGCGCGUUCUCACGUCCGCGUAGCCGACGGGUCUGAGUAUUCUAUGCCAGCCCGA